CAACACCGCUACGCAAACUUGUGUAUUUGCUUGUUGUUAUUCUUCGCGUUUUGUCUCAUUUUCAUUAUUAAGCAGAGAUAAGUGAAAUAAUUUCCGACAAUAGUUGUAUUGUUUCCGUUGUUAGAUUAUCCGCUCACGCAUUUAUUUGCCCGAGUACGAACCAGACGAGGGAAUGAAAAUCCACUUUCGUGAACAGUACGGUUCCACGGGAGAGGAAAUUCUCUACGUGACACCAGACAACCAAGAUUCGGUUGUCUGGGUGAAUGUGAAAGGCGAAAAACCAUCCUUCCGAAGGCGAAUAAGCAUAAAACGAUUCUUUCAGAAUCUUUUCCUCCCGGCUGGUUAUCCGGAUAGUGUUAGUAGGGACUAUUUAUCGUACCAAAAGUGGGAUACCCUGCAGGCUUUCUGCAGUACCAUAAGUGGAACACUUACCACUCACGCUAUUCUGAAAGGUGUUGGAGUUGGCAGUAAUGUGGCGAAUCCCCUCUCAGCGACCGUCACUUGGGUACUCAAAGACGGAGCGGGCCACCUUGGCAGAAUUCUGUUUGCUUGGUGGAAAGGAACCGAGCUAGAUAUGGAUUCGAAAAAAUGGCGCAUUCGGGCGGACAUCCUGAACGAUUUGGCUAUGGGGAUAGAUCUGUUUGUGUUACCGUAUUAUCCAAAGGCGUCCACAUUCAUUCUUUGCGCAACGACAACAAUGAAGGCCAUCGUCGGAGUGGCGGGUGGUGCAACUCGAUCCGCCCUCACCCAACAUCACGCCAUUCGUGGCAAUCUAGCCGAUGUAGCUUCGAAAGAUAGUGCACAGGAAACCUGUGUCAAUUUGAUUGCUUCAUUUGUCGGACUGUUUUUUUUAACACACAUUCAAAAUCAAAGAGUACUGUAUGGCCUGUUCGCUUUUCUGACCUUGAUGCACAUUUACGCGAAUAUAAAAGCAGUAAAGGCUGUCUGUUUGCGCACAUUCAAUGAAGCUCGCUAUCUGAUAGCCCUGGAGGAAUAUUUCAAAUCCGGGACGAUGCUUUCACCGGAACAAGUGAACAAAUUGGAGCGGGCUACCAUUGGCCAAUCGGUUACUCUAACGGCACGUGUGAAAAUUGGGUGUUCGGCCCGGGAGUUAGCCAAAUACUACCGGAAUUGUUACGACUUGGAGAAUGUGAUUGCAUGUUUCGAUUCGCGGGAGAAAUUUCUUAUUGCUGAAACGAGAAACUAUGUUGGGGUGUAUCUGCACUUCUCUGUGAAGCCAUUGGACAUCAUCAAAUCGUAUUUCUACGUAGCUUCUUACUUGCAAGAUAAGAGUCAGCUGCGAGACCGUUACUGGGAGAUCCAGAAUAAAUGGAAUGAGUUCCUUAAUCUGGCCCAAUGCGAAGGAUGGAACGUCCAAGCUCAUCUUCUCAAAACCGAUGAGUAUCGCCUGGAUUGGAGGAUAUAAAAGGUGAUGCUAAGCUAUGAAAAAGGCUCCUACUGCACCCUGUCAAAUGAGGUUUUAAUCUAGGUUUUUUUAGAAAUAUCACUAGCGAGUAGAAUAUUAAAAUGGCGCAAUUAAUACAACUACAACCUUCCACUUUAAUAAAAUCGAAAAAUUAGCUACUAUUAGUGGGUGCCAAAAAAGCAAUCUAGUCUCAAUUAUGAAAAAAAACACACUGCAAACUUUUUGGACCAAAUCGAUUGAAGUUGAAACGCAAAAUAAUUGAAGGAAACAAAAACAAUACACAGAACAAAGAAAACAUCUAUAGUUCCCAGUUGUGAAAUGACUGUCUCAAAAAUUCGAUAUCUAGCAUACAUAUAAUUGGGGGGAAUUGUCGUUUGAAGCUAAUGGUUCCACUUUUUUGAAGAAUGAAAUUAAAGAGCUAUUUUUCUACACAUUCCAAUUAGCGACAACGCUUUAUCUCCGUAUGUCACGGCGAGUGAUGGCGAGACCAGCGAGACAGAUGUAGUUUUUAAUCGUAGAUUGAGUCCUACUUAGUCUGUGUUAACGUUGACCCGAUUAUCGAAGGGUAUUUACAUGCUUGUAAAGUUUUAAUCAUAUCAUCACCAGGAAAGCAACUGCACCACACAUGCUCCAUCCACUCACUACUAGGGGACACGAAUAAUGCCGAGUGUUGAGAGUUUUAAGGCCAGCGGUGGUGUGUUUCAGUGGGUAUUAAGUGCGCAUACCCAUUCCCAGCAAUUAUCGAUGAAGCACUUAACGUAACUGAAUUAUGAAGAUAUAUUGCUGGAUGGUUUCGAACCUUAAUAUCCAUUGUUUCAAACCACCGUGAAUUUUAGAAUCCCUUUUUAACGCUAGGAUAACGAAUCGUAGGUUUCGAUGUAGAAGAGAAAAAGAUCUCUAUUAGCUAAGAGCAUAAAUGAUUUUAUAGCAUUUAAUGUCUGAUUUUAACUCGUCUUUGACUCGUUUUACGUUCAAUCAUUCUGGAA